GAGGGACUCCAUCAUUUAGAGAAGUGAGGAGUUCCUGGUUUGUCAGUGAAGACGGAAGAGAGGCAGCGAUAAACCAUCAGAGCCUCCAACAUGAAAGUCUGUCACACUUUGAUCUGCUUCUUCUUCCUCUGAGGGACUCCAUCAUUUAGAGAAGUGAGGAGUUCCUGGUUUGUCAGUGAAGACGGAAGAGAGGCAGCGAUAAACCAUCAGAGCCUCCAACAUGAAAGUCUAUCACACUUUGAUCUGCUUCUUCUUCCUCUCACUGCAGGAUGGAAACAUUCGUCUAAUCAAUGCAGAAAUCCCAGUCCGUACAGGAAGUAAAGGAGGAAACAUCACAGUUAAAUGCUCCUUCUCUUUCUCUGGAAGCAGGAAGAUCUUCUGUAAGAGAGAAUGUGAAGGAAAAGACAUUCUCAUUGAAACAUAUAAUAACAGAGCUCAGAGUGGCAGAUACAGCAUUGAAUAUAAAGAAGGAACUUUUCCAGCAUCUAAAACAAUUCUGUAUGUGAGCAUCACAAAGCUGACUAAGUCUGACUCGGGGCGGUACAGAUGUUGGUUGGACAGAGCUGUGUUUAAAGAUUCAACCAGGGACUUUGAGCUCAGAGUUGAAGAUGCUCCAACCACUUCAAAACCAAAGAGGAAAACCACCACCAAAGCACCUUUUACACCAUCAGUCCCAUCAGCCUCCACACCGACAACAACACAGACAUCAGCUGCAGGUCCAGGUUUACUGCUGUAUGUGAGUCUGACUCUGGUCGUCAUGAUCGUCGUAUUAUCAGCGGCUGUGCUGAUAUUCUGCAGGAAGAGGACCAGUAAACCCAAAGAACCUCCUGUGGAAACUGAGUAUGCUAAUGUGACAGAGCAGACCAACAGAGUGUAUGAGGAGAUCAGAGAGGAGGACAAACAGAGCAGAUCUCCUCCUGCAGAAAUAUCUACAGUUUACACUUACGCCAAAUACUCCAAACCAAAUGCAGUUGAAACCACAGAUGAGUACAGCCUUAUCACUGCAGCCGGUCCCCAGAACCAAGGUUUAUGUGUUAGAAGCAGGAAAAAUGGGCAGCGUGACGAUCUGAGCGACUUUGACAAGAACCACAUUGUGAUGGACGACUGGGUCAGAGCAUCUCCAAACCUGCAGCUCUUGUGGGGUGUUCCCGGUCUGCAGAGACUGAAGACGACCCGAGUAAACUCACCUACUCUGAGGUGGAUUUCUCCAACGGUGCAGCUGCCUCGCUCCACAGCGCCCCCCGUGGUGAUGCAGAUAACGUGGUCUACUCUGUGCCUCGGGUUGCAGCGAGCAGCCACGCCGAAGACGCUUCCCCUCCUCUGUACUCUACUGUUAGUUUGCAUCAGCUGUAGCUCCAACGCUGUCGACGCCACAUUGACUCUCUCAGUGGUCAACAGUCACAGUUUCAUUCACACACACAAAUCUGUUUGUUCCUGUAACAACCUGUGAGAAGUUACGGCUCUCAGCUAGCUUCAAGUUGGAGCUCCUUUUACUAAUUCUACUUUAAGUUAAGCUUAUCCUAAAUUUAUAUAUAAGAUAUUAUAGAUAAAGUGUGACUACCAGCUGGCGUCUAAUUGUAAAUAAAUUCAGCCCGGGGAUGUGAAUGAACAUCCUCUGUAAUCUCUGUGGGAAAGUGAUGUGAAACUGACUGUUUCACAACCUCAACCAUGUGUUACCGAGGUGUCUUACACAGACUCUAAAAGCUACCUUGUGUGUCUGUAUGAGACGAAGACGGUUGUGACAAAGCAGCAUCAGUAGCCUAUUUGAUUCAACGAUUCAAGGUUAUUUUACUGUAAUUUACAACACAAGGCUGUAGAAUGAAAUUUAGAUAUGGUUGCCUUUAUACUACUGCCUCCUAGUGGGGGAAAAGUGCAUCUUUAAUGCUUAUUAAAUGAUGUUGACUUAUAACAGUUUACCCUCUUGUUAUGCUUUAUGAGCAAUAAAACUUUUGUCUUUUAACAAAAUAAAGGAAAAUCA